AGCAAUAGGAUCCGCAGAACGGACACCAGAGCUCCACCCCCAGCCGUGUCACAGUGACUGGGAGGCCGAAAACUCGAUAGAAGUGUUUCAGAUUUUUUCGUGCGCGAAUCCUGCGGGUUCCGGGUUCUUUACCGGCACGUGGAAAUUCUCACCGCGGGUUUGGCUGAUUUUAAACCCUCGUCCAGUUUAUUCGAGGAGGGUCACGAACCUCAUUGUUGUCAGUACAAGAAAUCAAAUCCAUCAGGUUAUUUAGAGUGGCAGAGAGAAAGAAAGGAGAUUCUUGGUGUGAUGCCAGCUUCCAUUUGUAUCCACACGUAGUUAUGGGACCUCUUGAGAAAAGCAGGUGAAUUCUGCCACCAGCAAUCCAAGCUGAGAAAAGUUCCACCCACCGGAGCAGUCUUGGUUAUAUCAAAGCUUGUGUUAUCUUUCUGAAAAGUUUGAAAUAGAACAGAAUUGUGACUUGUGAAGCCUCGAUGUGAAAAUUAAGUGGUGGAAGGGGUACUGCCUGCUCUGUUAUUGUUCCAACUGGUAGCAAUGCCACUACUAGAAGAAACUACUCUCCUUGGGGAUGUCCCAGUAAAUAUACCUGUCACUGUUAUAGGAAAUGGUCCCUCUGGAAUAUGUCUUUCCUACCUGCUGUCUGGAUAUAGACCAUACAAAGCACCAGGAGCUGUACAUCUAAAUCCAAUCCUUAAUAACAAAUUGGAAGAAGGAGUAAAUGUUUCUGUUGUGGAUCAGGAUUUGGAAUAUCUUUCGGAAGGUCUUGAAGGCAGGUCAACCAAUCCAGUGGCACUGCUCUUUGAUGCACUUCUUCACCCUGAAGCAGAUUUUAGGUUUGAUUCUCCUUCAGUUGUACAGUGGAAACAAGAAAAACACAACAGCAUUCCUCACAUUGUGCUGGGAAAAGGACCACCUGGUGGUUCAUGGCAUAUGAUGAAUGGAUCAAUGCUAACAAUUAGUGUGAACAGUUGGAUGGAGCUACCAGGUUUGAAACUGAAAGACUGGACCAAUGGUAAAUGGAGAAAUCUGACGAAUGAUAGAGCAACUCCAGAAGAAGUGGCUUCAUAUUAUAAAGACUAUGUUAAGAUUAUGGGUCUUCAGAAAAACUUUAUUGGCAAUACUUGUGUCACUUCUGUCUCAAAGUUGCAGCAAGAUCAGAAGUAUAUAAAGGGCAAAAUACCAAAAAGUGUUAAAAUAGAUACCACUACACAACAGCUGCCUGCUACUGAAAAUGGAUUUCUUCACAGUCCUUGGGAAGUCAGAGGAUACCAGAGAAGUGGAGAUGGAUCAAAUUUGCCUUUUUGUCUUUAUGCUGAAAAUGUUGUCUUAGCCAUUGGUACCAAUGAUUUGCCUGCCAGACUUGGGGUAGAAGGUGAAGACUUGCCUUUUGUAUUUCACAGCAUCUCAGCCUUUGAAUCGGCUAUCAAAAGCUGCAAAGUCAACCAGGCAUCAGAUUCUGUUCUAAUUGUUGGUGCAGGGCUGACUGCAGCAGAUGCAGUAUUGUGUGCCAACUAUCACAAUAUCCCUGUCAUUCAUACAUUUCGAAGAAGCGUAACUGACCCAGCCUUGAUCUUCAAGCAGCUUCCAAAGAAACUUUAUCCAGAGUAUCACAAGGUUUAUCAAAAGAUGUGCAAGCAAUGCUACAUCACAAAUUCAUACUCUAACUACACUAGCUUUCCUGAAACAUGCAUUGUUUCUUUUGUACCAGGUAUGAAAUGUAUCCUUCAAACUGCUUCAGGAAGGAGUAUUAGUCUAAGUAUCUCAAUGGCCCUGGUGCUGAUAGGUACUUACCCCAAUUUGUCCUUUCUUAAAGAGCAUGGAAAAUACUUGGGAAUAGAUCCAAGUAAGCCCAUUUCAUGUAAGAAAAAUCCUAUUGACAUUAAUCCUUAUACAUUUGAGUGUACUAAAGAGAGUGGCAUUUUUGCUAUGGGCCCGUUAAUUGGAGAUAACUUUGUCCGCUUUCUUAAAGGUGGAGCUCUGGGCAUCACAAGUUGUUUAGUGAAACGCUUGAAGGAAAAGGAGCAGUUAAUUUCUGAAACUGGAAAUGAUGAUGGUUAACAAAGUUUAAGAUUAAUGGUCAAUAUAGACCUGUUCACUUUAUCAAAAGCCUCCUACUGUAAUCUUUUAGGAAUAGAUUCUUGAUGCGAAGGAACUAGUGCAUGCCCUGUUCACUUUUUGAUUAAAAAAAUGGAGGAAAUGGUUUAGUUAAUUGUUAGUGUGCUCAGCAGAAAGGCACACGUCUUUGUUUUGUGAAAUACUCAUUUCUUCAUGCAACAAUGAGUUAUAAACUUAGCAAACAAGCAAAUCUAUUCUCAAAAGUCUAUCUACAAAUGUACUCAAACUCAAAAGGUCACAAUAGCAGAAACCUCAUGUGAGAAUUGUUCAUUGCUUCUGGCCAUCUUCCUCCAAUGCAUUUCGUGGUCUAUUCAUUUCAGUGAGCCAACUAGUUUUUUCUUUGCCUAUAGAGAGAGAUUGUUUGAAUAAGUGCCCUCUCAACCAAAAUUAUGCUGUUCAAGACAAUUUGAUAAGACUAGUAUGAUUGCUUUUUGAACAUUCCUGGGGUCCUUGUCCAUCUCCAAAUAGCAAAUAUCCUGAAGCAUUUUGAUUGUAUGCAGUCAUUGACCUGAUGAAGAAAUAUAUUGAAAGUUCACAACAUUUUAUUAUGAAACUGAAAAUAGUGUGAAAAUCAAAGCCAGAACUCUAAAAGUAACAUUGCCAUAGCAGUAGGGAGCCAAGUAGCUUCUGUCCAUAUGUGUUAAUGUCCAAAGGGUGUUUGGCAACUCUCCCAGUUUAGGCAUAGAUUCUAAAUAUUUGUGGGUAGAAUACUGCAGGGCUGACUUGGCUGUGAGCUUGAUUGAAAUUGUGUCUUAAAUUGUGGCAGCUGGUCUGACUGGUUGUAUUCCUUUCCUGACAAUGUUUUAUGUAACUAGCUUGCAAUGCACAUUUAAUCAAAUGAGGAAUUCGGGCAAGGGAAGCGGAUUUCCUUUCUGAAGUACCAUUAGCAAAUUGGACUGUUCACAACAACCCAGAAAUUGUAGUAUCAGCAUUACUGAUAAAUAACAUGAUAGAAUAACGUUUAAAAAAAAUUUAAUCACACUCUGUAAACAAUAACAGCCUCUUCUUCUUCACUAUCAUCUAUCAAUUCUAGUUUGCCUGGUUGCUCUUCUGCAAUUGAUUGAUCUAUAAAUAAUUUGUAAAUUCAAGCCGGAAAUAAUAAAAAAAAAAUGUAAUGGAAAGAUGGAGCAGAUCAGGGAAUAUCUCUGGAAAGGAACAUAUUUGGUUUAUUUUAACUUUGAGAGAAGGGUGGAGAUGAAGAGUCUGAAUGACAAUUGGUACUGCUGUCAAUUGAGAGAAGAUGGGAAAGACUUGUUGAAUGCCGGAUCCUGAUGCCUGGAGAAGUAAAUUGAAUGUGAUGAGUGAAAACAGGAAAAAAGUAAAAUGAGAAUAUCUGCACUCUGAUAAAUACUGGAAAAACAAAACACAACAGAUGCUGGAAGUCUGAAAUAAAUGUGAGGAAAUGUUGAAAAUACUCCUGUGCAGUGAAAACCUAGAUUACAAUUUCAGCUUGAUAAAACUGGGAUGGUUGACUUCAGAUAACCAAAGAUGAGUCAGGCAGCUUGGAAAGCGUGCCUGAGUUUAUGUCAGCCUUCCCAGCAGUGGCGAGAAUGGGAGUGUAAUGGAAAAUGAAGUGACAAGUGAAUGGAUGCUUUGGGUCAUCCUUGUGAAUUGACAGGUAUUCUGAAAAGAGGCUAUUCCGUAUUUGGCUUCUCCGAUGAAGGGAAGACCACACAGUAAACUUCAAAUACUGCAUACUACAUUAGAUGAGUACAAGCAAAGGGUUAGUUAGGUAGCUAGGAGAUGGGAAGAGGUGAAAGGCCAGCAUUGCUUGGGAAGGUGCCUUUAGUAGGGAUAUAGAUGCUGAUGGAGAUGGAAGACUAUUGAAAAUGAGGCAACACACAGAAACAAACAGUUUGGAAUAAUGUAAUGAGAGGGAAUAAAAUUGUCAAUGAGGCUGGCAUCACAAAUGAAUUAAUGUAGGAUGAUCCAUUGAAUGUGCAGGCUGGCAGGAUAAGAAGAGAAGUUCAGGAAAUAAAACAUGACUAACAGCUUUGCCAACUAUAGCGGAGGGGAAGAAGCCAUAGUUAAAAUAAAAUAACUGAUGUCACCAGAAGCACCAGUGUGGAAAUUGUCUGCCAUUAUAACAGAUAGAGAAAUUUGGAGAAUGGAAUGUAGGUAUUAAAAAAAAACAGGGUACGAGGUGGUCAAGGCAGUUGUGGGAGCUGUGACUUGUAAUGGAUUUUGAUCACCAACUUGUUCCAUGAGAUGAAAAAGAAGUCAAGGAAAGAACUGAUCAGAGAUGGUCACAAUAAAGAAGUGAAAAUAAUGUAGAAGCUAGCAACAAA